GAUUUGGCGAGUGUGAGUGGAUGGGAGACUGCCGGGGUUGUGACUAGGGUACGCGGAGAGGGCGGAGUGGGCGGCAAUGAUCAGGCGGUGGGCAUAAAGAGGAUAGGAUAAUAUCGGUGCGCGACCUCCGCGGUAGCUUCAAGUUCGCCGCUUUAAUACCGGCAGAUCUACGAUGUAGUUAUGCCGAAGAAAAGUACUAGGCAUGUGAGAGAGCCGGAGUUAACGAGAAGUUCUUAUCAUAAAAGCAAUAAUCUCGAAGCAACAGCAGAACCGAAAACGAAACACUUUCUGAGCGUUCGGAUUGGUCUUACCAACGGUAAACGUUGGCUUUCUCUUAAAAAACGCUUAGGUCUGUCAACGGAUGAAGAUGUUGCAGUCUAUUUGCUGGAUCUUGCCGAAUCUGUCUCCAGACACAACAUUAAGUGCAAUGGAGAAGAGGAAAAGGAAACGGGUCAAGAGAAAAAGAGCAAAACAGAACCGAUGCAAACUGAAGAUUUGAUAGAGGAUACAAGGGAAUUUGUUCGUCGAAGCUUAAGAAAACAAAACAGUAGCACAGUUGCAGAAUCUGAAACACUUGCUGCUGAGGUAACACAAACCAAGUUAUCUAAUGAUGCUGAUGUACAUGUUCGACGUACUUCAAGAUCUAAACAUCAUAAAAAUAAAGCUAAGCAUCAUAAAGAUAAACGGAAAAGGAAAAGGCGUUUUAAAACUGAAAAUAUUGUUUCACUACUAGAAUCUGUUAAACGAUCUUCUAGUGAUAUUACAUCAGGAGAUGAGGAACAAACUUCCUUUAAAAAAGACAACUCUAAAUCAGCCAGUGAAGUAGAGUUGAAGUCGAAUUUAAAAAACAGUCUUCGUAUUAGUACGAAGACAGUUGAAUCUGUUAAGUCAAAGACUGAACAUGUAGAUAGCAUAGAAUUUAUAGAAAAUGUAAAUAUUAAUAAAAAUGUACUUUAUCAUGACAUUGAAGAUGUUGAUAUGGAAAGAAUUAUGAUGGUUAGUGACAAAAAUGAGCAGUCAAGAUCUAAUUGUUUAACAAUAUUAUCAGAUGCUAAGAGUAUCAGUGAAAGUAUGGUAGAACAAAUCUCGAAUGCAACAGAUUUAACAUCUACCAUGACUUCUCACCUAGUGCAACCUAGUGAGACAAAUGAUGAUAAGAACAGUCCAAAUAAUAUACAAUAUAUUGAUACAAAUUCUAACUGUUCAAAUAUCAAUGUAAAUAUAAAUCAAGAAAUAGAAGAUCGAAAAUUAAAAAAGAAACGAAAACGGUUGAAAUAUGAUGCUGAGGAGAAUGAUGAUGAAAAUGCAAAAGAAGAUUCAUCUGAAGACAUUGUAGAUGAUUUCAUACAUAAACAUAGAAGAAAAAGGCACAAACAUACUAAUGAGCAUAAAAAUCGUAAACAUCAUGAUGUACGGAAAGCACCGCAGGAUGGAAUAAUUGUGCAAGAAGAUAAAAAUACUUGUUCUACAAUAAAUGAUACAACUUCAAUUACAAUUGAAAAGCUUCAAAAUGAAACAAACGUUGAGAACCUAAUAUCUGAGCCUCAGAGAUUAGCUAUUAAAAUAAAGCUUUGCCAGGAAUGUAAUAAUCGUCACUUGCAGGAUGCAUGUCCACUAAUAACACCUCUGUAUGCUAUCUCAGAUUCUAUAUCAUAUGAAAGUUGGUUAAAUAAAUACAAAGAAAAUACAGAAGUUUUAAAGGCCACAAAAUCAGAUGAUCCUAUGUCUGAAGGAUAUGGGAAAAUAACAGAAGAUAAUGAGUCAGAUGAUGAAUGCUUACUAACUGAACAAUGUAAAACAAAAAUGAAAACUCAGAAGGAGGAAAAACAAUUAACUGUAGACAUAGAUCGACCAUUGUAUGCUAGGGACUCUUUGCCUGAAUGUUUUGAGUUGAAAAUCACCAAUUCAGAACAUGGACUUGGAAUAUAUGCAAAAAGUUCUGUUCCAAUGCAUGUUAAAUUGGGUCCUCUUAUUGGACAACCAGUUAGGGAAAUGGAUAUUCCUGAUGAUUUUGCCAUGAGACACAUUUGGGAGAUAGAUAAUGAUGGUAAAACUUCUUAUAUAAGCACCACUAAUCCACUAAAAAGUAAUUGGAUCCGUUAUAUUAGACCUGCUGAAACAAAAGAGGAAAGAAGUGUAGCUGUAAUAACAAAACAGGGAGAACUGCAUCUUGUUACUACACAGAAUAUUGUGUCAGGAAUGGAACUGACUUAUUGGGCAGACUCUCAAUCUUCUGCAUGGACACGAAAGAAUAAAGUAGACAAGACAAAUUGUGGAGGGUGUAAUUUGAAUUUUGCCCAUUCAAUAUAUUAUCGGUUACAUUGCUGUAUCUUUCAUGAUACUAACUAUAGUUUAACUAUAAGGAAAUAUCAUUGUAAGGUAUGUGGAGCUGCUGUCUUAGGUAAGGAUAAUAUUAUGAAACAUGCAGCGGAAUUACAUGGAGGUCGAGGUGCAUAUCAGUGUCAAUAUUGCAAAAAAUUCUUUUUACGUUUGAAUUAUCUUGAGAUGCAUCGUACGUAUGGAUGCGCACAAAAUCCACAACGUUCAAGACCAUUGUGUGAUUUUUGUGGCCGUAAAUUUUGUCAGCCACAAAAAUUAAAAGUGCACAUCAAACGAAUGCAUAGUGAUAUGUCUGAGGUGCUCAGAGAGUUUCAGUGUAAAUUAUGCUUGAAACUUUUGGGAUCUCGUGCUGCUCUUCAACGUCAUAUGAAAGAAGUUCACCAUAAAGAUGUAGUUGGUGCCGCAACUUGCGAUCGAUGUGGAAAAAUGUUCCAAAAUAAGAGUAAUCUCAAAAUACAUAUGUUGACACAUAGUGGAGUAAAACCGUUCAAAUGCAAAGAAAAUAGUUGUAAAGCAGCUUUUACGACUAAACAGUGUUUACAAUUUCAUUACAAAAAAGUACAUGGUCUUACAGAAGAAAUGAUGCCAAAAAUCGAAAGAUCUGUUGCUUAUACUUUCGACGCAUAUAGCGGCGGACUUGUUGAAGAUGUUGGCCGUGGAAAAACACCUCGACCUAGUAGAAAAACCUCUCAGAAUGAAAAUGAUAAUAAAAUAUCCGUGAAUAGCCCCAAAAAUGAGUUGAAGAUUGAAACGCCAAGUAUUUCUACACAUUCAAGCAUAAUCGAGUUCGGUACAAGUCCUACAUCCAAGUAUAAAAUUGAGCAUAAUUCCCGAAUUACAUCAUCGUCGCUUCCGAUGAGUGCGUCAAUGCCAAGUGGUCUUGAAUCGACAGUAGAAAGCGUUCGCACAGAAACAGAUUUAUAUAGUACUUCCAGAUUACAAAGUAAAGGAAGCAAAAAAUGGCUUGGUGAAUUCAAUUCUCCAAUUUCUUCAGAUGUAACAGUAGUAUCUAAUACUAUUUCUCAUUUAUCAACAAAUGUCGUUACCGGAAAUACUUACGAGUUUGAGGAUACUCGAAAAGAAAUUGACGAGAAAAUAUCAACAAACAAUAAUAGAACGCAAGACAUUAUGGAAAAUACCAAACUAGGACUUAGUGUCUAUAGAAGAACUGAAAGCGCGAAUGCUAGCUUAUUAGUUGAAGCUGCUCUUGAUGCUGCUGAACGGGAUAUAGGGGCAGUAACUAGUCCAAUAUUGGAUGAUAACGAUCGUGACACAAAUCUUUACUCAAUAUCCAGUCAGUUGCAAUCUCCAUUACCUCAGAGAUCACCGAACCAUUUAGAUUCCUAUAUACAACAACAAGAGGAACUGAUAUCUCCCGCACCUACGCCAGAUAGCCGAAAUACACCACCCACGCAUUUGCAUGUCGAUUAUCAACUGCAUCGACCCGUUGAUUACAUCGGUACAUCAAGAACGCAUAACAUCGAACAAUAUUUACACCAUGAAGAAAUACCACGUGUUGCUUCGCCUAACGGUUACAUACAUAUUCAACAAGAAGAUUUAGUAUCACCUUCAGGAACACCAAAUCCUAGAUAUCAAGAUGUACACCAUCAUCAUCAUCACCAUCAUCACCAUCAUCAUCAUCAGGUAUCUCAGGAUAAUUUGUCUAGUGAUGAAGGCGAUUCAGUUGCACAAAAUCUCAGUCUUUCCGUGAAAGAGAAGACAAUGCAGUUAGAUCUUUCAACAUCAUACAAAUAUGAUUCUCUCGACCAAGAGUUUGCUAGAGAAAGAACUAGUUUCGAGCCUCUUGUUCUGAAUGGAGAACUUCAGGGUUUGGAUAUGUCUGCUAGAGGAUUUCAUCAUAGUUUUGGUGUACAGAUACAAAAUGCAAGGUAUCAUCAUCAUCAUUUAUACGAAAUUGCAGAAAGACAAAGUGUCGAUCUUAGCAGGACUGGAAGCUACUCGAUAUCACCUACUCCACUUUCAGUACCUUCUCAAGUAUCAUCUGGUUCUUCAGUGACUGUAAUUCCUCCACCGCCACCGCUUCCACCGCCACCACCACCACCUCCGCCUCCUCCUCCACCGCCGCCACCACUUCCUUCAGCUCCUCCUCCUCCACCACCACCUCCGCCACCGCCACCACCUGCACCACCUCCUCCACCUUAUCCUCACAGUAAUGUUUUAAGGGUUGUAAGUUUAGAUCUUACUCCUGGUGGACGACACACGGUAGAUCUCACUCUUUCAAGACCACAUCAUUUGCAUGGAUCCGGUGCUCGUGUAAUAACAAGUUCUCAACCUGCAGGUUCCGGCAAUCCACAUAUCGUACCUGACGCGGUCAAUGGACGAAUUUUAUCUUCUCCUCCUCCACCGCCUUCUUUGUCAGGAUAUAAUCCAAGUUAUCCUGUAAGCCCUACUCCGUAUCAUCCACCAAGACCAGGAUACCAUCAUUAUUCCAGUUAUUAUUAA